UUUCGUAGUUAAUUUUUGCUUAUAUUUUUUACUUUAUUAGGAACAGAAGAUUCAACCAACUUUGAGAAAAGAUAAAUUAGUCGUACUUUUUAAUGAAAAUUAAUUUUGUGAAAUAACCACACGACUUCACAUAGAAGCCAUCACGAAAUGAUUGUGUAUAAGAAAGAGGAAGAAUGAUGGGAAAUUAAUAUAUAUAAUAAAUUGUUACCGUCUACAAACCACCCGACAAUGCUAAUAACAAAUGAGUUGAUGAUGGCGGGAUAUAUUCCAUACAUUUGGUUUGUGUUUUGAUCAGCUGAUUGGCUAACUUGUGGCUUGUGUUUGUAUCAUUACAAGUUGUCGUUUGCAUCAUUAUAAAAAUGAAAGCAUUGAAUGAUUUUUUAUUUUCUUAAUCGCACAUUACCAAUAUGAAUUCAGGUGGUUGGAUACAUAAUUUUGCGGUUACUGAUCACCAAACUCAUAAGGGAGGAUAUACUGUUUACAAGAUUACUUCAAUUGUAUUUCCUCGUUCUGAGCCUAAAGCAUUGACUUGUUUAUUUGUGUGGAAACGUUUUCAUGACGUAAAGCGCCUGCAUCGCGAACUGAAAAAAUGGCAAAAGGGUUUAACUGGACAGCUUCCUGAACCUGCAGAUGCAGACUGCAGUUACUUUAAACGGUUCGAUGCUGAUGUUAUACAAAAGCGAAAAGAGUACAUAUUAAAAUUACUAGAUUUUGUCGCAUUGCAUCCGCCGCUUUACAAAUGUCACGCUUUUGCUCAAUUUUUUAGUGAAGUAACUUCUUCAAAACCUCAGUGUAGAAGACGUAUACCUACUAUCCAGCCGAAGCAAAAUGUAAACGUAAACAAAAUUCAAUCCGCUAUUGAUAUAGAAGAUAUGCGAUACAUAGGAAUUGGGGCGGAAGUCAAAACAAAAGCAGAUAACGCUUAUUUUGAUAAUACAAGAAAUAAAGCUAAAAAUACUGACGAUAACGAUGUCAGUAUUGAAAAGAUUAGUGGGACGUCAUGUCUUACGUCUAUGGCUUCCAUAGAAAGCGAUGAUAGUGAUUAUAUAUACGAAGCAGCUCUGGUAUUAAGUCACGCUGUAAAAGCUGAAGUCAACCAUGAGUAUUCAGACGCCUAUACCCUUUAUAAACGGGGCGUAGAUUUUUUAUUAGCGGGUUCUAAAGAUGAUAACAAUAAGGAGCGUAAAUUUAUAGCCAAAUCCAAAAUAAUUAAAUAUUUAGCAAGGGCAGAUGAUAUAAAAGAGAAAUUCUUAAAUCCUAAUAGAACUGUCAGCUGGCCAUCAUUGGGAAAUGUACAAUUAACUAUUGACGUAGGCGGCAGUGCCGAUGUUAACACAAAAAGCUAUUAUCUAGAGAGGCCGUGGAAUCAUGUAGCCAAGUAUAAGGUAUUAGGCGUGUUGGGUGAGAAGGUAUUACUUGUGCAAUGUAUAACUGAAAUGCAGAAACCGCAGUACGUAAUGAAAGGUAUAGAGAAGCCGUCAAGUAAUUCGCCGACACAAAGUAUCUUUUUACCACAACAAAUACGAAAUAUGGUAGACUUAGUAGCUUUCUUCCAAAACGAGCAGAAAAUCUUCCUUUUACUUAAAGUUGCUCAAGGAGGGCGAUUGUUGGAUUAUAUUCACAAUUAUGAAAGUAAUUGUAAAAAAUCAGAAAGCAUGGAUAAACUAUUUCCGGAACUAAAUAAUGAAAAUAUUCAAAAUAACCGAAGAGAUGAGGAAAAUGGAAAUUCUUCCAUGGAGAUAGAAGACAUAGUUAAAAAUUCUAAACAGUUGUUAAAAUCAGUUGCCCAUACUUUAAAUACUUUAAAAGAAAGCGUGGAUAAAGCAGGUGAUUCGCAGCUAGCACCAGCAAUUAAAAAUCAUGGCGACGAACCUUUAAACAUUCAAAACAACAAAUUGCUUAGAUUGCCUGAAGCUUCAAUUAAACAAUGGGCUCGAGAGCUCUUAAUUGCUAUACAUAGCCUGCAUGAGAAGGGCAUUAUUUUAGGAGACCUGCAUAGUAAUAACAUAUUGUUAGGCGAUAAGGGACAGCUGUUGUUAACGUAUUUCUAUCAAAACGAAAGCCUGUGCUCUAACAGCUAUGUACACAAGGCCGUGAAUUCAGUUGCUUUGGGUGGACAUUUUGUAGCACCUGAGCGGUCUUUGAGUUUUAAAUCGGAUUGGUGGAGUUAUGGUAUUAUACUCUACGAAAUACUGCUUGGGCUGCCUUUUAAAUAUGCUCAUCCGGGACAAAUAGAUAUGUACAGUUCAAUUCAAUAUCCAGAGAAUGUAGAAGUAAGCGAAUCAGCGCAGGAUUUGUUGGAGAAACUUUUAGAUAAAACUCCUGAGGAACGCAUCGAUUAUGAACAAAUAAAAAAUCAUAAAUUCUUUGAAGGAACAAAUUGGCAGGAAAUGGCAAAUUAUUUGCAGUAGUGAAAUGUAUUUAUUUUUUUAUGUAUAUAUUUCGAAGGAUUUUUUGUUUUUAUUUUUAUAAUUAUGUUCGGCGUUUUGUUGAAUAUAAAUUAACAAUAAUUGAAAAUAUAAUCAUUAAACUGUAAUUACUUUUGCAAGGAA